AUGGAAGAUGGCAAACGUAUAGAAGGACCCGUCGUGCUUAAGCCAGCAAAUAAUGGCGACAGCGAUUGUACCGUGGGCCAAAUGGACACACAAAGCGACCGAUUUGGCCACGUCGAGAGGAGGCUUAAAAGCCGCCAUAUCCAGUUUAUGGCUCUCGGUGGUGCCAUUGGAACUAGUCUUUUCCUCGGAAUCGGCUCUUCCCUAUCGACAGCAGGCCCUGCAAACCCUCUACUAGGCUUCACCAUCUCCGGUCUCGCGGUUUGCGGCAUGAUGCUUUCGCUCGGCGAAAUGACUACUUGGCUACCAAUACCGGGUGCUAUUCCGACAUUUUGUUCUCGCUAUGUUGACGAGGCUCUGGGAUUUGCCGUAGGCUGGAAUAAUUGGUACUUUGCUUCGAUUGUUGUAUGUUUGGAAAUCAGUGCUGCCUCUGUCGUGAUAGACUACUGGCCUGGUGCCCAAGGAAUUUCUCCGGCUGUGUGGAUUACCAUCAUCAUCAUAUUCAUCCUUGUCCUCAAUGUCUCUGCUGUUGGAAUCUUUGGCGAGGCCGAGUUUGUGUUUACUUCCAUCAAGCUGAUUGCCAUCAUUGGUCUCAUUAUUUUAUCGGUAAUCGUUAUGGCAGGCGGUGCUUCAAAUCACGAAGCUAUUGGGUUCAAGUAUUGGAACAAUCCUGGAGCUAUGAACGAAUUAUCUCCGGCUACUGGAGCUGAAGGCUGUUUCCUCGCCUUUUUCAGCGUCCUGGUUUAUGCAUGCUUCACCUACGCCGGGGUUGAAAUGCUUGCAGCCGCCGGGGGCGAAACCCAAAACCCUCGAGUUAACAUGCCCAUCGCAUUCCGCAGAGUCGCCUACCGUAUAGUGGGAUUUUACGUCCUCGGCACGUUGUUUGUUGGCUGCAUUGUGGCUAGUAACGACCCCAAUCUCCUCACCGCAUUAGCUCAUAAUGCCAGUGGUGCAGCUGAAUCGCCCUGGGUAAUCGGGAUUCAAAACGCGGGAAUAACAGUCCUCCCUAGUAUUAUUAACGCUGUCAUUUUGACUUCGGCCGUCUCCUCCGCCAAUGCAAUGCUAUAUACUGGUAGCCGAUACCUCUAUUCUCUUGCCCGGGUCGGUCAGGCACCAAGGGUUCUUCUGUACUGUAUUAAGAACUUCUAUCUCACUAUUAACGUAUAUGACUGUUUCAGUCGCUGGUUCAACUGUCUUUCUCUGGGUAUGAAUAGUACCCAUCCAGGAAGAAUAGCCCAACAAAUCGCGAUGCUUGUUACUGACCUCGAAAGUGCUUUCUACAUUUCUUGGAAGCUUCUCAAGCGAACAAAAGUGCAUCCACUAGAGGAUGUAGAUUUAGUCACCGGAAAAGCAGAGAUAGAUGCUCUGGAUGGUGAUUUGGGAACAGAACAUCCCAAAACCCUGGCUGCAAGAUUGGUCAAGUUCAUAUAA